AUGUCCAACUCCAGGCCCGGGCCUUCCGGCCCGGUCUUGCUGACCGGGGCCUGGGACGGUCGCUGGCACGAGUGGGAUCUUUGGCCCACGAGGCCGGCCAAGCCUGCGGAGUUUCUUCGGGGAGAAUCAGGCGUUGGACAUGACAACCACGUACAUGGUCUUGCUCUCAACCAUGACUGCAACUACUUGGCCUGUGCCUGCUCGACCGGGAGAGUCCUCGUGUAUCGGCGAAACUGCCCGACUCGAGAAAUUGAGCUUUUUGAUGCUGACGAUGUGGCGGACCUGAAAGAGUCUCUGAAGCUUGGAGAUCACGGUGAGUUUGUCGUACAGCGUCGCUUGGAGCUCGCUGAGGGCGCAGUCAUCGUUGAGCCGCAGGAGCACCUUCUGCCCGAAGCUUCCUUGGAGGGCUUCAAGAAGCGCUCGGACUUGGAUGCAGUCGAGUUGCCCGGGCGCUUUCGCUUGCGGUUUGUGGGCUGCCUUACAAACGGAUAUCGCAAAGCCUGGCGUACCCUGGAGCACGGCGGUGCCGUCCAUUGUCUCGUGUUGACACGAGAAGGUAGCAAAGAGUACCUAUUUUCGGGCUCACGUGAUCGCAUGGUACGGAAGUGGUCGUUACUCGACGGUGAGCUGGAGCUCACGCUUUGUGGGCAUUCGUCCAUGGUCCGCUGCCUUGCAGAGAAUGCGAUCUACCUAGCAAGUGGCGGCGACGAUCGCAGCAUUUGCAUUUGGCGGCGAGACGAGAUUGCAAGCAAGCGCGGGCAGGCGGAGUGCAGCAGCCGCAUCGUGAGCCAUACAGACUUUGUCCGCGCAGUUGCCCUUUGCAACAGCUUCCCCGAGCGGCUGCUGUCUGCAAGUGAUGACCAGCGAGUUAUCCUGUGGAAUCUCCACAGCAGAGAGAAGCUCCGCGAGUACCAGCACCCAUGCAGUGUUGUGGCUGUGGUGCUGAUGGGCCCUUCACUGGCAACUGCCGGCGAGGACGGAAGACUUCGGAUUUGGCAGACUGAAUCUGCAGAGUUGCAGCACAGCUUGAAGCAUCCCCAGCGCCUCACGAGCCUGUCGUCGAUGCGGGUCCUCUGA